UCCGGCGCGAAAGAUUUUGCAAUUCUGUUUUGGCCGACGACGGGACACACAACCGGAACAAGGGGGACCUCUGUUUCGCACGGGGUCCUUCCCGGUUCGCUGUGUUUCCGGAGCCUGUCCUACCACGAAUUCUGCGAGAAUGCCUGUAUUUCUACGUGCGCCACAGUUAAGCCGCUGCGAGUGACCGCGAAACGCUCGCCCGCUACCGGGGGCAGCUUUUCCUAGCGUGCGCCCCGCAGUCGUGUGUGUGUGUGGUUCGUGUGACCUUCCGGCGGUCCUGUGAGCGAUCAUACAAAUAUUUUGAGUCCCCUUUCACAGAAGCGAAUUCAAUUUCCUCGUGAAAGUGUGCCGGAAAAUAAACUCUAGUUGACCUAUUUUAAAAGGCUGAAAGUAGUUGCGAUAAUUCGUAGAUUGUUUGUAUUGGCAAAAGAAAAUAUUUAACCAUAAACUGCUAAUGUUGAUGAUAAUGAUGACAAAUAGAAAACUUGUACAUGAUAACAGUCCAUGUGAAGAAGACAGGCUUUAGGGGUCUGGUACCAGGGGGCUUUUUUGCUGGAAGUUUGAUUCGAACCAAUGGCGAAAUCAAAGCUGAUUCAUGGUGUCACAUCGACCUGCUAUCGGGAACCGAGGGGUCGCCAGACGGUGAUAUUCCUAUGCACAUUAGUAUACGCCCCGACCUGAACCAGAUCGUGCGAAAUACGUAUGAAAACCAGGUCUGGGGUACCGAAGAAACUGACGGAGGUUGUCCGAUUAAACACGGCCAACCAUUUGAACUGUUGAUUUUGGUCAUGGCAAAUAUCUUCAGAAUCGCAAUAAAUGGGACCCAUUUCACUGACUUUAGACAUCGCAUGCCAUUGCGUUCGAUUAGGUACGUACAACUCACCAGCGGUUGUUCGAUCCAGUCUCUUAAAACUCAGUUUGAAUAUUAUUGUGUUCCUGCACCGCCAUAUCCUGCGAGCGAGAUCUACCGGAACUUUGGGAGGAAAAGUGAUCUUGAUUUUCCAGUAUUGCCAGUGUCACUCAACAAUAGGACAGCAGCUCCAGGUGAUCUUGCUUACUCAGGCGGCUCUUCCCUUAAUUCAUCCGGACUUUUCAAUCAUGUACUCUUUUUCUUCUACAUAUUGGGAAAGAAUUAUUUCUUAUUACUUGGUAUGCAAACAAUAAAAAGAGUGACAACAAUACCCAUGUCUUUUUAUUUGUCCCUAAAACCAAUCUCCUGAUUCUUUCAUUCAUGCUGUAACAAUCAG